CAGUCAAUUUCCAAGGAUCUGUCAGAGACCGUUGAACCUCAAAUCACCCAGCCAUGAAUUGUUAGUCACCGCUUCAUUCUGAAGUUCGCAGGUUGGUAAAUACCCUACUGAGUUGAAAAUUCUCAGUCUGUUUAAAUCCGUAACGAAAACAAGUCGAAUAUUGUCGGUUUCAGCGGGAAAGAUACUGCGAUUUUGUUUUUAUUUCAUGUCUUUUUUAUAUAUAUCGUCGUUUCGAAGAACGAUACUAGUAUAACAACUGGGAGUAUCUUCGUUUUUAUAGAGGACUUGAAGCCGUGACGUGGUGAUAUCAUCUAAUUCACAGGAAUAAUAAACAACGAGUUAACAUCACUCAGCUGAGCAGGACGGGUUAGUCUCGCUAGGAGGAAUACUACUAAUAAUAUUAAUAACAUGUUGGAUUGUUUGAGUGAUGUGGUAAUAUAAAAACGGACGUACACUAAUGCACUUGAAGUGAUAUUAUUAGGCUUACUUCUAUAGCCACCGACUUUCAGGAAAAAACAAACAUGAAUUCGUCUUACCAACGGAUAUAUCCAUUUCUGAUCGUUACAGUUCUUCUGGUUUGCGUCGUUGAGUUCAGCAAUUGCCUUUGGUGUCCAACGUGCACGGGAGGAGCGGGAGAGGAUGUCGUAUGCAAGAAACUUGCAGACGGCAGAAACCAAUGUCAUGUAGUAUGUCCCUCGGUCGAAUGCGAGAUGGACAGUGAAUGUUUUCUUUUAACGAAAUUCCAUGACAAUGAUACGGUUGUGGAAGGCAGUUUGUUGGCUGGUUGCUUUCCUGUUGAUACGACUGAUGAGUUGUAUGUUAAGCAGAACAAGAAGUGUGAAGGAACUUUAGAGGAGGAUUUUAACUGCCAAUGUUAUGUUUCAAAUUGCACUUCUAACUUUACUGUUAACCCCGAAAAUUAUGACCCGAGUAAAAAUGAUGGUUCAGGAAAAGAAACUAAUUCCUCCACAGAAUCAACUACAAGUAAUAAAAAUCUUCGGACUACAUAUAAAGAAACAACAUAUAAAAAAAACCAAGGCCAGAACAUUAUUAAAUAUGUUGUGGGUGGAAUUGUGGCGGGUAUUUUGUUAAUCCUUAUUGUGCUCUCGUUGUUCGGCAUGGCAGUUGCUAAGCAACGUCGUCGGCUGAUGGAUGACUAUAAACACGGCAGACCAUCGAGCAACGCAGAAAGCACGAGCGUCGAUAUAACAUCCGAAGGAAGCGAUCAGAAGAUUAUCGGAGCCGACACACCACCCGAGAGUCCGAUUCACGACUACAAUCAAAACAUGAAAAUAACAUUAGAUUAUAUAAUUGGCAGGGGGCGUUAUGGGGCAGUUUGGAAAGCGGAAUGGAAACAACGAGACGAGAUCAAAGACGUCGCCGUGAAGGUGUUUCACACCUAUGACUCAACGUCAUGGAACGUUGAGAAAGAUCUGUUCACUGACGCGUCGGUUUCUCUAUCGCAUGAAAAUGUUGUUAACUUUAUAUCAGCCGAAGAGAGACGUCAGACAUAUCAGCGAUUGUGGAUCGUUACGAGUUUCUAUGAAAAUGGCUGUGUUAUGAACUAUAUUAAAAUGAAUACGUUGGACUGGGAGCAAUUCUGUCUAAUGGGACUGACACUGUGCCGUGGAAUUGCUCAUUUGCAUUCAGACUUUUCUCCGAAUGGUUUACGGAAGGUACCCAUCGCUCAUAGAGAUUUGAAGAGUUCCAACGUGCUUGUGAAAGCCGAUGGGUCCUGCGCUAUCGCUGAUUUUGGACUUGCUGUUCGUCUCGACCCAAAUUCAUCAACUGAUGAUAUGGCUAACAACGGACAGGUCGGAACCCCGAGAUACAUGGCACCGGAAGCACUUGAGUGCAAGGUCAAUUUACGAGACAUAGAAGCAUUCAAACAAAUGGAUGCAUACUCGAUGGCUUUGAUCUUAUGGGAGAUCGCAAUGAGAUGUGACGUCACUGGUUAUGCUCACGAGCACCAACUACCGUUUGCUGAUAAAAUUCCAGGCCAUCCGUCGAUGGAGAAGAUGAAAACAAUGGUUGCAUACAGUCGGUUACGUCCUCCAAUACCCGAGGAUUGGAGCACAGUUACGGGUAUGAACAUAGUUUCAGCAACGAUUCAGGACGGCUGGGAUGAUGAUCCCGAAGCGCGUUUAUCAGCGUCGUGUGUCGAGGUUAGAUUCUACGAUCUGUCGACGUUUAUAAAUGGCCGUCAGUUAGUGGAAGAUACCCCAUCCUCUCCAGUGACAGUUGUGUAACGCCAUCACAGUAAUCUUGAAGAUGUGAACUAUAACGAAUGCUAAGUGCCAAAGGUAGCAGGAGUGAGGAAAGGAAACCAGAAGACUUGUUGCAUGUUGAACAGUUAACCUUUGUGAGAAUUACCGCGGUAACAUGGCCAACAACACGCGGAACAUUUCUCAGUUCCGAAGUGCUUCAUAAGAAGUUCCAUGCCUAGUACUGAAAACUGCAUGAUAACGGCAAUGAAAUAAAUGCAUGUUGAUUAUCUAAUCUCAAAUGUAUGGCGAAGUUUGCGUGACGUCGCUCAGUCAACGUGGACAUUAAAAAUGUUUCGCAGUAAAUCUUAUUGCGGCAUUACUUUGAAGUAAAGGCAUAAAGUAACUCAUCUCUCAGAAAUGCCAAAGUAUCAAAGUGGACAUCAUCAAUGGGCCGUCUAUGACUGCGUCUUUAACUGAUAAUGUUGAAAUAGCUAGCAUUAUAAGAACAGUGGGUUCGUUGUUUACGGUACCAACAAAGAUUUUCCAAAGAAUGUAUAAAAGGGGUGCCUCUGUCACCAGAAACGAUCGGCAGUGAUUUGAGAUAUGAAGAAAAGUUGGGCUAAAAAUGAUUUUGGAUGUUAUUUUCCAUCGAAAUGUGUGUGAAUAUGAGGUUUAAACAAAAAGGGUACAUUAAAAUGUAACGAAUGCAUCAAUAUUGACUGCAUUGUUCCACGCUGCUGAGCGUGUAAUAAUUGAUGCGAAUUUAUUAUGAUUUUGAUUAGGAUGAUGAUGCUGAUGAUGUUGAUGCCGAUGAUGAUGAUGAUGAUAAUGAUCGAGGAUCAUGACCAUUACCGUAAUGAAGAUGAUGUUUGGUGUCCAUACUAACAUUAUCAAAUGGGAACAAAAAUAUAAUAUGCAUAUGGUAAUUUAUGUAUAAUGUUGCCUGUUUUGAUAUGAUUUAUGGCAGGCAAUCGCAUUACGUCACCAAAGCCACAGUUUAAGCUAGACCAGUAAACAGCAAAACUGUACACCAGAUGGAGUUCACGUCCGAUAAUCUCCAAGCAAACUGUGCAUAUUAUAUCAGUAUUGUUUUUUUUUUUUGUAGCGAUUAUUCAUUUGAAUUACUAAAUGUAUAGGCCUACUUUUAAAUAUGUUUAUCUUUUUAUUCUUGUAAGCAAUAUUCCUUUGUAACAUGUCAAUUAGUAGCUAUCAGUUUAAAAAUUAUAGUAAAUGUUUAUUUGUAAAUACAUAUUCGGCAAUCAAAAGUUUGUUCAUCGGCAAUAGCAUCUAUUACAUAAUAGUGGCAUAACCAAUCAAAACCAAGCAAUUUGGUCUGUAUUAGUUUCUAUGUAAAGAACACAAUAGCAAACCCGUCCAAUAUUUGGAUAAUGUUUGAGCGGGUUAUCACUCAUUCACGUCACCUUUUUUGGAUGACCACCGAAUUCUAAUGUUUGGUUGAGUGCAUUAUAACAGUGGUAGAUAAAGAAAUGGACAGUCCUACAUAGUUUUAACUGUCUAAAUGUUCAAUUCCAUUUUAUCAAUUACAAACAGGUAGCCAUGACGUCUUGUGUCAAUGCCCCACAAACAGGCAGAAACGAUUUCCAAAAAGCCUGGUGACAACAUAAUACCCGAUUAAAGAAUCACAUUUUCGUAUUCGUUGCCUUUUGUGGAUGUUGGCACAAAUUCUAAACUAUCAUUAAAGCUGUGUAGGCCCUGAUCGUUAUGGUCUGCACGUACCGAUAAUGAACUCUUAUUUCGUAGGCCUACAGUUCGCUUUUUCUAUGGUGGUUGACGUGAUAUUCGUUAUCCGUUGAAAUCGAUGUCCUUUAUUAUUAUCUAUUUUCCUUUUAUUUUUAACCCCUAUUUCCUUCGUAUUCUUAAAUUUAUGGGUGUUGCAUAGUGAGACAGAUAGUAAAGUUUUCAAAAUCAUAACGUGCGACGUAAGAAACAACAUUGUUAACGUUUUUGUAGGUCCUGAACACAAAAUAAGAAAAAUUUAAACUCAUAAGCGUGCACUUAAAUGUAGGCGAUGCUUAAGUGAAGCCUGUCAAUUGUGACAUGUUAGUGUUACGUCUAAAGCUAAAUUUACACUAGAAACGAUAACGACACAACAUCGACAUAUCAUCGCGUCAUUUUUAUUCUUCAACACGGAGCGCAUUUUUAUCGUGUCGUCGUAUCGUUACCGUGUCUAGUGUAAAUCAUAAAUGUAGCUUUUUAGUUGUGAUUUAGAAACCUUAAUUAUCGGCAUUGAGUUUCCAUCCACUAAAAUGUAAUGUCUUACUGGCAGGUAUUUAAGCGGUCACAAUUGACCUUUUUCCGAAGUGCGUAACACGGUGGCUAUUGUGACGAAAAGUGUGAAAUUCAGGGUGCUUAUGCAAAAAAAAACUUGUAUCAUAAUUGUAAAAAGAAUAAACGGAUUCCAUAUUUUUCAUAACAUAGGUCUAUACUUGUAUAGCUUUAAUGUAUACACGUGUAGUGCGUACAAAUUACUAAACAAAAACAAAAAUAAAAAUAAACAGCAUAUAUCUAACAAAAAA